AUCAAUUAUGGAUCCAGGCCUAUCGUGUUUUUUUUUUCUUUACGUCUUCAUGUGUAUACCUACCUACAACAUGGCAUUUCCCUAGAAUUUGCCUAGAUUCUAAUAUCUCCUCGAACCCCCGCGGCGCCCGCUAUCCUCCCCGCUUCUCCUCCCCUCUGGACGCCGAUUGGCCGCGGGCCAACCCGUAGAAAUGCCAAAGCACCGCCUCGAGGACGCCAAGGCCGAAGCCGCUGCCGUCCCGCGGAAGAAGUCCAAGAAGGAAAAGAAAGACAAGAAGGACCGCAAGGACAAGCUCCAAGACUCCGACGCGGCGUCGUCUGCGCCGGUAGAACCCGCCGCCGAGGUGGAGGCGCCGGAGCCCGAGGAGGGGGUGAGGGCGAAGAGGAGCAAGGACAAGAAGCGGGACAAGAAGGAGAAAAGGAGGCGAGAGAAGGAGGGGAAUGACGGUAUAAGCGAGGAGGGCGACGGCCCGCCCCGCGAAGACAAGGGCCCGGAUAGCAACCGGAAAGAGGAGAAGAAGGAUAAGAAAAAGAAGAAGAAGCGCAAGACGGAAGAUGGCGAGACCAACGGGAGUGUCUCGGUAGAGGCUACCGGCGCAGAGGAGGCUGCGGCCGCUUCAGGCGCACCACCGACGUACGAGCAGACGGCCAGCCUAUCCGCCGUGUCCGAAGCUGACAUCGCGGCCUUCCUGAGCACCCACCAAAUCGCCGUCACCGAUCCUCUCUCCGCCAAGCCCCUCCGACCCAUCACCGAAUUCGCCCAUCUGCCGCCGUCGGCCCUCGUCUCCAAGAAACCCUUUUCCGCCUUCAAGGCGCCGACGCCCAUCCAAGCGGCGUCGUGGCCCUUCGGCCUCUCGGGCCGCGAUAUCGUCGGCGUCGCAGAGACGGGCUCGGGGAAGACGAUCGCCUUCGGGCUGCCGCUCGUCGCCGCGGCGCUCGGCAUGCCCCGGGCGCGGAACGGCAGCCGGGUGCGCGCCGUGGUCGUGUCGCCGACCCGCGAGCUCGCGAUGCAGACGAGCGAGCAGCUCGCGCAGCUCGGCGGCCUGGUGGGGCUGAAGACGGUGUGCGUGUACGGCGGCGCGCCCAAGGACGAACAGCGGGCGCUGCUGCGGAACGCCGACAUCGUCGUCGCGACGCCGGGCCGGCUGAAGGACUUCAUCGAAGAGGGCGCGGCCCGGCUCGACGCGGCCCGGUUCCUGGUGCUCGACGAGGCCGACCGCAUGCUCGACAAGGGCUUCGAGGACGACAUCAAGAGGAUCAUCGGCUGCACGCCGAGGAAGGAGGACCGCCAGACGCUCAUGUUCACCGCCACGUGGCCGCAGAGCGUCCAGGUCCUCGCGUCCACCUUCAUGGUGUCGCCCGUCAAGAUCCAGAUAGGCGGGAACGAGAGCGGGGACCUGCAGGCGAACGCUAGAAUAGAACAACGCGUCGAGGUGGUAGACCCCCGCGGGAAGGAGACGCGACUCUUGCAGCUGCUCAAGGCUCAGCCGAAGAACGAGCGGGUCCUCGUCUUCUGCCUUUAUAAGAAGGAGGCCACCCGCGUCGAGGGGUUCCUGCAGCAACGAGGCAUCAAGGUAGUCGGCAUCCACGGCGACCUCAAGCAAGAGCAGAGGACUCGCAGCCUCGAGGCCUUUAAGAAAGGAGAGACGCCUGUCCUAGUUGCUACGGAUGUUGCGGCGCGGGGUUUAGACAUACCCGAAGUGAAGCUAGUCAUCAACGUUACUUUCCCUCUCACCAUCGAAGACUACGUCCACCGCAUCGGCCGCACGGGGCGAGCCGGCAAGACUGGGCACGCCAUCACGCUCUUCACCGAGCACGACAAGGCCCAUUCCGGAGAGCUGAUCAACAUUCUAAAGGCCGCCGGGCAGCCAGUGCCGGAGGACCUUCUGAAGUUCGGGACCACUGUCAAGAAGAAGGCGCAUGGCACGUACGGCGCCUUUUUCAAAGACGUCGACAUGACGAAGAAAGGCACAAAGAUUACGUUUGAUGAUUAAGCAGUGCGGGCUAAGAAGUGCUGGGUCCGGCAAAGCGGGUUGUGGUAUUCGCUGCGAUAAUUAUCCUAUCAUUCGGCCGCCACUACGUACAGAGCGAUAGGCGUCUAGUAGA